AUUGCAAUCUUGAGUUCUUCUGUUUUUGUCACUACCUCCACAGCAAGAAUUGCAGAAGUCAAAAAUGAAGUUUUGUGCCUUUGUAAUUUUGGUGUGCAUCCAGACAACCAUACCUUUGACUCAAGGAACAUCCAUCUUAGAACGCAUUAAUGAAUAUUUAGCGUGUCUUAAGAAUCUAAUUCCAGAAGAAGUACAUUUCCCCGAUAUUGGCUUUGCUGUUCCAGAAAACAAAUAUUUUGCAGCAAACGUAAACAUUACAAAUUCCUACAUAAGCGGUUUGCGAGAUUUCGACAUAGACAUUGAUUACAGCGGGGUAAUUAUUAAAAUUCCAAAGGCAUUUACUCUCACCAUCAAUAAUGGAGCCACAUCGAGCGAGUUCGCAUCCAGUUUGGAGGUCUACAAAGCCAACUUUUUGAAUUAUGACAUUGAUACAAGCUUCAGUACAGCUGUAUCGGAUAUUGUCAUAAAGGCAGAAGUUGAUUUCAAACUAAUACCUUUGGGUAUUUCGCUUAGUUCGUUCUCGUACAACAUAGGAGACAUAACAUUCGACAUACAGGGCGUUAUCAGUGAUACGUUCAGUAAAGUGCUUACCUUCUUUUUGAAUAACACUGUAGCCAACGGUCUCAAUGCAAUCGAAGCACCCGUUUCUGAAUGGGUAGUGGAUAUAGUCAACUCACUUUUCCACGGCGUCUUGUUAGAGGUACAGGCGGUCAGUGCUGAAAAGAUGUCUACCGCUACAGAUGAAGAGAAAAUUGUGGAAGUUUUAGACAAAUUCUUUGAGCUACUAAACAAACGUUUGGGUCUAACAUCCUAAAUCAGGAACCAGAAGAUUUUACAGGACAUAGGUGGAAGAUAUUCUUGACUUCAUAUAUAUUUUUAUCUGUAUUUGUUAAAUAAUAAAUAGUUAUGUGCCCCCUUUA